AUUAACCUUGGAUUAUGCAAACGAACGUUCUUACUCAUGUUCCAUAAAAAAAUGAUGACGAACGAGUGCACUCUUUGACAUUAAUGACAUUAGUGACAGGUCCGUCCGUUUGUGGUAUUUGUUUUUAGACAUUUAUGACAUGCAAAGAAAGAUCUUGUGGAAUUUAGGUAUUUAGAUAAAUUAAAAAUUUUCCGUGUUUUUUUUAUAAAGAUCCUGUUAUUAAUUAUUGUUAUUAGGUGAACUAUAACAUAUUUAAAAUAAGACGUAAUGUCAACUCCUGCACGACGACGCCUUAUGAGGGAUUUCAAAAGGUUACAAGAGGACCCACCAACUGGUGUUAGUGGUGCUCCCACUGAUAACAAUAUUAUGAUAUGGAACGCAGUAAUUUUUGGCCCACAUGAUACCCCUUUCGAAGAUGGAACGUUUAAGCUAACCAUCGAGUUUACGGAAGAAUACCCAAAUAAACCUCCGACUGUAAGGUUUGUCAGUCAUAUGUUCCAUCCGAAUGUGUAUGCAGAUGGUGGUAUAUGUUUAGAUAUAUUACAGAACCGAUGGAGUCCUACGUAUGAUGUAUCUGCUAUAUUAACUUCAAUUCAAUCUUUAUUGAGUGAUCCAAAUCCCAAUUCUCCCGCAAAUUCAAUGGCUGCACAAUUAUACAAAGAAAAUAGAAGAGAAUACGAAAAACGGGUGAAAGCAUGUGUAGAACAAAGCUUUAUCGAUUAGCAUUUUUUAUAAUAUAUUUAUUUAAACUGGUUUGUGUACCCCGUGCUUCAAAAUUAUAGCUACACUUCCCAGGCAUCAAACCGCAGUAACUAGUUACAACAUUAUCUUUUCUAUUCAUUUUGAAAUAAAAUUUUAAAAAAUUCUGAAGGCUUGGCACUAGAUAUUUGGUGAAUAUUAAUUUUUUUCCUCGAAGAUUAAGAUCUAUUUGUGUUACUUAACAAAAAUAUACUAGUGAAAAUAAAUAAUAUGUAAAUGGGUUUAAUUGUUUGUAGUAGGUAUGUUUGUUAAAACAAUCUUGGUAAGCUAAUUUUAAAUAUAUCAUUGUAAUUUAUCAAUUCAUUUUUUUGAUUGUCUUUUACAUAUUAAUAUUUUUGUUAUUAAAUUAAAUCACCUCUGUUUCCGUACUGCCUACCUUAAGUUUUUAGGUAGUUAGAUGUGUUAUACAUAAUAAACUUAAUAAAUUAUAAUUAUUAAAUCCUC